AUGACUUUACCUUACCAAAAUAAUAAUAAUAAUCCUUUCGUUUCAUCAAUGAUGUCUCCACCACCUUCACCAAAAAAAAGUGUAGUAGAUACUACCACUUUAGAGAAAGCAACAAUUUCACGUGAAAUAAAUACAUUACUAAAUGAAACAACAACAACAGAAAAACCUAAAGAACUAGUCGAAAAAACAAUUAAACCAAAGACGACCGUCAAUCAACAACCUAAACCUAAACAUAAAAGUGAGCACAUGACAAAUACAAAUAUGAAAAGUAUGACAAGUAUGAAAAAUGAUAAUCACAUAACUAUAUUCCAAAAAAGUCGUAAUAGAAUUCAUAGAAUUCGUAAAAAUCCUUAUCCAAUGAAAUCACCAACAAAAUCAUCACCAGGAAUUACACUUAAACUUGAUGUAUUUACACCUUUUAAAGAGGAUCCUAUGGCACUUUUACAUAUAAAUAAACCAUAUCAAACAUUAACAUCAGAGUGUAGUACACCUUCAUUAACAUCUUUUAAUUCAUAUUUUAAUUCAUCACCUGAUUCAACACCACCAUCAAUUAUGGCAGAUCGAGGACUUUUAGAUACAACAUUUAAUACAGUUACAUCAGGAGAAAUAAAAUCUAUUAGACUUCCACCACCACCACCAAUGGAAUGGGAUAAAUUAAUAGAAAAUAUUAAUGAAAUGAGAUUAAAUAAUAAUAUAUUAAAUAAUAUUACACCAAAAAUUAGUUGGAAAGGACAACCACUUACAAUUUCACAUUUACCACAUUUUAAUGCUUUACAUCGUAAAGAAGUAGAAGUAGCAUCUACAUUACGUCUUACACCAGUACAAUAUUUAACCGCUAAACAUACUUUGGUAUCAGCAGCACAAAGAUAUGUUCAAAAAUCACUUCCAUUUAGAAAAAGUGAUGCGCAAAAAUUACUUCGAAUUGAUGUAAAUAAAGCUAGUAAACUCUGGGAAUUCUUUCAACAAGUUAAAUGGAUUUAA